CUUUUCUUGAUUUUGUCAGCCAGAUAAACCAAACCACAAUAGCUGUAAUCUAAUCAGCCAUGCACAAAAUAAUGUUUGGUACAACAAGUUCAUAUCAGAAAAAUCUCUGCAGAGCUCUUUUCGAAGUUGCAUGAACAUGAUUAAGCUCCGAUUUUCGACAUUUUUUCUUUACAUUUUCAUUAUUUGUUGCAGUAUUUCUGUUAUACCUCAAUGUUCUUGCCAAUCAAAUUCCCAGAAUAUUGAGACUUUCUAUCCAUUUGGGCUUCCUCCGAUUUUUUCGACACCGAAUAUUACUGAUAAUCAGCCACCAGCUACUUCUUCUCCAGAUACAAGAGCAGAGCAGCCUAGAGUGCCUCCACCAGCAUCAAAGUCCUCGUCGAAAAAGGCUGUGGUUAAGGCAGUUGUUGCAACAGCUGCAAGUACUAUUGUUAUUUCUGCAUUAUUUUUCUUUAUGGUGCAGAGGUACAUGCAUAAGAAGAAAAAUCGCGUUAUUGCUAAUGCUAGUUUCAAGAAUGCUACCGCUAUUGAGACGCGUAGGGGGGAUGAUUUUGUGAGAGUUAAUGGUAAUUUGAAGGGGGUGAUUGUGGAUGAGGAGGGCCUGGAUGUGUUGUAUUGGAGAAAAUUGGAAGGCGAAAAUAAGGCCAAGGAGGUGUUUGAUAAAAAUGAGUUUUUCGACACAGAGGAUGAGAAAAAUGUGGUUACUAGCAGAGUUGACAAGAAUUCUAGGCCUGUCAUUCAAGAAACUCCUUUGCUUAGAGGGAAGUCUUCCUCUUCUCAUAUUUGGCCUGCAGAUGUCGAAAAAAGUCAGAUCAAAACCGUUGUGAAACAAGGGUCAUCAGUUCAGCUUACAUCGCGGUCUCCACCACCAACUCCACCUCCUCCUCCUCCACCGCCAGCUCCUGCUGUUGUUUCAUCAUCAGCAUUACCACUACCACCACCUCCACCACUGCCCAAAAAGACUCCAUCUGCGCCACCACCUCCAGCGCCUAAACCAGGUGGUUUGACCACGUCGAUUAAGCCACCUCCACCUGUUCCGUCUUCACUGGAGAAAGUUGCAGAUAAUGAAAAAGGUCAGGUGAAAUUUAAGCCCUUGCAUUGGGACAAGGUGAAUGCUAAUGUUGAGCAUUCCAUGGUCUGGGACAAAGUCAAAACUGGUUCUUUUAGGGUUGAUGGUGAUCUUAUGGAAGCCCUUUUCGGAUCAGUGGCAACUACCCGAAAUUCUCCUAAAAGAGGUAGCAAUAUGUCAAGUCCAAGAGGGGAAAGAACAGGUCCACCCUCUCAAAUUUUCAUUCUUGAUGCCAGAAAGUCUCAGAACAUAUCUAUUGUACUCCGAUCUUUAUCUGUUUCGCGUAAAGAAAUAGUUGAUGCUCUCAUCGAAGGCCAAGAUUUAGAGUUGGACAUCCUUGAAAAGCUUAACAGAAUUGCCCCUACCAAAGAAGAAGAAUCUCUAAUCCUGGCAUUUGAUGACGAUCACACAAGACUUGCUGAUGCGGAGUCAUUUCUCUUCCAUGUUCUUAAGGCCGUUCCAUCUGCCUUUAGUCGAUUUAGUGCGCUGUUGUUUAGAUCAAAUUAUGAUUCUGAGAUUUUCCACCUUAAAGAGUCUCUGAAAACACUUGAAUCUGCCUGCAAGGAGCUGAGAACUCGUGGGCUGUUACUCAAACUUCUUGAAGCCGUUCUAAAGGCUGGAAACCGAAUGAAUGCAGGAACCUCAAGAGGGAAUGCACAAGCUUUCAACUUAACUUCUCUUCGAAAACUUUCUGAUGUUAAGAGCACGGAUGGGAAAACUACACUGCUUCAUUUUGUUGUGGAAGAAGUAGUCCGAGCAGAAGGCAAACGUUGUGUGAUCAAUAGAAGUUCCAGCUUGAGCAGCAGAAGCAGAAACAGCAGAGACAAAACGACAGACAAUUCUAACUCAAACGAGGACAAGGAGUUUAAAGAAAACGAGUAUAUUAUGCUUGGCUUGCCAAUUGUAGGAGGAAUCAGUUCUCAGUUCUCUGAUGUGAAAAAAGCUGCAGGCCUAGACUAUGAUGCUCUGCACAAAGCUUGUUCAACUUUAUCCGAUGAUGUUGCAGAAAUACGAAAACUUGUGGGGGAAUCUGCAAUGAGUGGUGGAGGAGAAGGUUUUAUCAGAGAGAUGAAAAUCUUCCUAGAUUCAGCUGAAGGAGAGCUAAGAAUAGUAAAGAAGGAGUUCACAGCUAUAAUGGAGCUCGUAAACAGAACGACAGAAUACUACCAAGCUGGAGCAUCAAAGGACAAAGGGGCACAACCACUUCAGCUAUUUGUUGUAGUUAAAGAUUUUCUUGGAAUGGUUGAUCAAGUCUGUAUUGACAUAACCAGAAAUAUGCAGAAGAGAAAAACCGCAACGACAUCAACUUCACCUGCAUAUAAAAAUUCUGUAAAGUUCCCUCUAUUGCCACCAAACUUCCUGUCAGACAAGUCAAAGAGCAGUUCUAGUGAUUCCGAUGAUGAUUAAAAUCUUGUGUAGACCUCAAGCUUCAGUGGGAAUGUUGUGCUUCACGCGAUGAUUAAACGCGUCUGUAUUCUUUCUGUUAGGUCGAGCCUAAACGUCCAUAUCUGUUCGGAUACAACUGCUGAUGCGGGAGCCUUACAUGUGUCCUACUCAAGUUCUCCGUUAGGGAGCGAUAAGAUUGUACAUACUGCAGAGGUGAAAAGGGCUGGCAGAGAGUGCAAUCUUAGUACUUAUUAUUCAAGUGUUGAUUCUUUUCCAUUCUAUCUUCUUUUGCAUACAAGGAUUGUCACUUGAUGAUUCUUCCUUCAAAAUUUCUUUAAGAAAGAUGUUGAACUACUCCUGAUUACUUGGUUAUCAGCUUUGUUUUAUUCUUUGAUUCUAAAAUGUAUGUUAGCAAUGCUCCUUAAUGAUGUUAAUUUCAGGCCCCUUGUUCUUGAUU